GCCGCGGCACAAAGGAGCGGAGCCGCCGGGCCGGGGCGGGCGGGGGCUGGGCCCCGCGGCGGCCCUCAGGCUUCCCGCCACGGCAGAGGCACGGCUUGGCUCGGCACGGUACGGGAGCCUCUCAGAGUGCCCACAGUGCAGGCAGGCCCAGGCAGGAUGAGAGGCUGCUGCCCACAGUGAAGGCUGCAGUGCUGCUGGUCUGGAUGCCACAGUGGCUGUGCCCUCAGCUCCCCUGCCCCUCUCUCACAGCACUCGGAGCAAGCUCAGCUCUUCCUGCACCCAACCCACUUCAGCCCUCCUGCGGCGAGACCAAUGCCUGCUGGCAGCCAGGACAGCUCGGCCCAGGGCUGCAUCCUCCCUCCCGGCGCUUAGGAUGCAGCACCCUCCGCGCUGAGGAGCAGAGCAGCGCUGCCUCCGGAGCCUCCUAGAUGAUUGUAGUUGCUUUGGUUGUGUUCUACGCUAGCAGAAGCCUUCUCCCGGGUUGGCUGCUGCCUCUGGAGCGCCACCUUGGCCGCUGGCUGGCAGCCUCGGGGGCGGGCAGGAUGGGCAACUCCUGCGUGUGCCGAGACGACAGCGCAGCGGAGGACGGCGCCGGCCCCCGGGGGCGGCAGGCGGAGGGCGGCAGAGCUCAGCUCCCCGAGGCCAGGAGCCACCCGAGGGACCCUGUGCGACCCCCCAGGAGGGGCCGAGGGCCUCAUGAGCCCAGGAGGAAAAAGCAGAACGUGGACGGGCUGGUCCUAGACACUCUGGCUGUGAUCAGGACGCUGGUGGAUAACGACCAGGAGCCUCCCUACUCGAUGAUCACCUUGCACGAAAUGGCCGAGACAGAUGAAGGCUGGUUGGAGGUUGUCCAGUCUUUAAUUAGAGUUAUUCCAUUAGAAGACCCCCUGGGACCUGCUGUCAUAACUCUGCUCCUUGACGAAUGUCCACUGCCAACAAAAGAUGCACUGCAGAAGCUGACUGAGAUCCUGAACCUGAGUGGAGCUGCAGCCUGCCAGGAUGCCUCUCACCCUGCCAAGCACCGCAACACCACGGCCGUGCUGGGCUGCCUGGCAGAGAAGCUGGCAGGUCCUGCCAGCAUAGGGCUGCUCAGCCCUGGCAUAUUGGAGUACUUACUGCAGAGCCUGAACUUCCAGUCCCACCCCACAGUGAUGCUUUUUGCACUGAUAGCCCUGGAGAAGUUUGCUCAGACAAGUGAGAACAAGCUGACAGUCUCUGAGUCGUGCAUCAGUGACCAGCUGGUCCUGCUGGAGAAGUGGACAGAGAGCCCAGACUAUUUAAAACGCCAGGUUGGCUUCUGUGCCCAGUGGAGUUUGGACAAUCUGUUUCUGAAGGAGGGCAGGCAGCUCACCUACGAGAAGGUUGACCUGACCAACAUCAGGGCCAUGCUGAACAGCAACGAUGUCAGUGAAUACCUGAAGAUCUCUCCACAUGGCUUAGAGGCUCGCUGCGAUGCUUCCUCCUUCGAGAGCGUUCGCUGCACCUUCUGCGUGGACUCGGGGCUCUGGUACUACGAGGUGACCGUGGUCACGUCGGGGGUGAUGCAGAUCGGCUGGGCCACCAAGGACAGCAAGUUCCUCAACCACGAGGGCUACGGCAUCGGCGACGAUGAAUACUCCUGCGCCUACGACGGCUGCCGGCAGCUGAUCUGGUACAACGCCAGGAGCAAGCCACACUCCCAUCCCUGCUGGAAAGAAGGGGACACGAUCGGGUUCCUGCUGGACCUGCAGGAGAAGCAGAUGAUCUUCUAUCUGAACGGCAGCCAGCUGCCCGCCGAGAAGCAAGUGUUCUCCUCUGCCGUGUCUGGCUUCUUUGCUGCAGCCAGCUUCAUGUCCUACCAGCAGUGCGAGUUCAACUUCGGGGCAAAGCCUUUCAGGUACCCUCCAGCACUGAAGUUCAGUACCUUCAAUGACUAUGCCUUUCUGACAGCAGAAGACAAGAUCAUUCUGCCCAGGCACAGGCGUUUGGCCCUGCUGAAGCAGGUCAGCAUCCGCGAGAACUGCUGCACGCUCUGCUGCGACGAGGUGGCAGACACCGAGCUCAGGCCAUGUGGGCACAGUGACCUGUGCAUGGAGUGUGCCUUGCAACUGGAGACCUGCCCUCUGUGUCGCCAGGAGAUCCACACCCGCGUCAGACACAUCUCCCACAUCUCAUGACACAGGGGGAGCGAGGCCACAGACUCGAGUUUUAGUCACCUCCAACCAGAAGGAGGGGGGCAAAAAGACAACCCAACCCAGCAAGCACCCAACCAACCCACCCAGACAUCUCUAAGCAACCUUUGUGCGCCCAGAGCCGGCGCCGGGGCCGGAGGUGGUGCUCGGCUCUCACCUCCUUGGCUUCAACACCACAGCCCUGGAGAAGCCACCUGAGGUUGGCAGCCACGGGGCCAGCCUGAGCAGCCAGGGGGGGCAGCCUGAGCUGUGAGGUGAGGGAGGCAGCCUGAGCUGUGAGGGGAGGGAGCCUGAGCUGUGAGGGAGGCAGCCUGAGCAGUGAGGGAGGCAGCCUGAGCA